AAAAUAAAAAAUGAAUCACUUUCUUUAAUAAUAUAGAUUCAACUAUAAUUAUUAGAACUAGUAUCACUUUAUAAGAGUAUUUUUAGAGUGAAAAUAAAAUUAGCGUUGUUCCUAUAAGAAAAGGUCGGCCGGCACUCCAUCCCACUCCAACAAUGCUUUGUGUGAGAGCCGCAGCCCGCACCAACGCCUUUGCCCUCCACUCCCCGCCGCCGCCACUCCGCCGCAACCUCCGCUCCCCUUUCUCCGUCAGAAUGUCUUCCUCCGCCCCCAACCAAAUCAUCGAACACGUCGUGCUACUGAAAGCGAAGCCCUCCGCCGACCCCUCCGCCGUCAACGACAUGGUCCGCAACCUCAACGGCCUCGCAACCCUCGAUUCUGUCCUCCACAUCUCCGCCGGCCCCGUCACUCGCUGCCGCUCUGCCUCCCUCACCUUCACCCACCUGCUCCACGCCCGCUACCGAUCCAAAUCUGACCUCGCCUCCUACACCGUCGACCCCACCCACGUCAAUGUCGUCGUCAAUUACGUCAAGCCCGUCGUGGACGACGUCAUCGCCGUCGAUUGGGUGGCCGAAGACUUCUCCGGCCCGGUGGUGGUCCCUCCGGGGGCGGCGCUGCGGCUGACGGUGAUGAAGCUGAAGGAGGAGGCCGGGGAGAGCGGGAAGAGCGAGGUUUUGGGGAUAGUGAGAGGGAUUCAGGAGAAAUUCGAUUCGAUUAAGCAGCUGACGGCGGGGGAGAACUUCUCGCCGGAGAGGAGCAAUGGAUUCUCGAUCGCGUCAGUUGCGGUGGUGAAGGGGGCCGAGGAGCUGGAAGCGUUGGCUGCAGAAUCGGAGCUGGUGAAUGAGCAGAAGAAUAAGGCGAGGGAGUUCCUCGACGGUGUGAUUGUGCUCGAUUUCACGGUGCCGGCUCCCGUCCCGGCGGCCGCUCCCAGUCUCUAAGCUUCACUCAUCUUUUCUUGCUCUACCAGUUGGGAUAUGUUGUCAAGCUUUGUUUGUAGGUUCAUUUUGUACCAAACAAUGGUUGCCUUAUUGUGUUGCUUCAUCUAAAUAAGUGAACAAUAAUAAUUGUGGUAUUCACUCAAA